AUGGGCGCCUCAGCUAACAGCACUCACCGACAACGGCACCUAUCGAACGGUAGCCUGGUUACAAAUACUAGUGCAUGUUUGCCGUUCUUGGUGUCAUCUCCCGGUGGAGCGGCAGGUCAAACAGGCGACUAUAUGUGUUGUUUGUCGUAUAACUUACAACCCUAUACCACAGAUAACCGCCACAUCCACGCUCAGGUUCAGAAAUUCGGACGCGUAUCAUCUUUAUGUCUUAUUGAUAUAACUCAUGACAAGACGGUAAAGAUUAUUCUUUAUGAGGACAGGGAGCUUAAUGUUCUAUCUUCACGUUUGUUACAAAACACGGGUCUACAACUAUGUAAUGUCGCAGGAAUUCGAAAGGAUCUCGUAGUUGUCCAGGUGCUUUGUCAAGACACCAUCAAGUUUUUUAUAUGUAGUUUAAAUGAUGCAUCGUGUAAGGUUGUGUAUGAUCGCAAGUACUGCCCAGAAAACAAACCCCAGCUUUACGAAUGCCAUAUUAGUCCAGAUGAAAACUUUUUAUUGAUAAUUCAGAACCAGAUGUACGCUACUAUGUAUGCUCCCGGAAGUAGCGUGGAACACGUGUCCAUGGUUAAUAUAAACUGGGAACGAUCAGAAUGUACGGAAAGGACAUGUGACAAUCUGAACGAGCAGCUGAAACUUGCGUGUCACAAGGUAUCUGUGGUAUUUGAUCCAAGGACCAACAACGAUUUGGUUGUGUUCACAAGCAACUCGUCAGAUCGUGGAGUCAUCAGUCUAUAUAAACCCUAUAAAGAUUACGUUUUAUUUAAAAUUAUACAAUUCAGAACAGACUGUCCAGCACUUCCAGGAAAAUUUCAGAAUCUGCAGUUCAUGAAUGAUGGUUCGGCUUUAGUUCUUAGUGUCAUUGGUACAGCCGUACAUCCUCAAUCCGUUGCUUCCAUCUGUCGUAUGCAGAUAGUGACAGCAUACUGGUUCAACCCUGACUGUUACGACAAGUUAGGAUCAUUUUGGUACAUUUCUCCAACUUUAUUCAUUCAGUAUAUGCCAAUGAUAUCCACUAGUGGAAGAUAUGCAUGUUGUGGUGGUAAAAUAUACAAUUUAGAAGACAUGCAUCCAUAUUUCCUAGGGACGAAAUCUUUGAAGCGCAUUUGUAGGGACGUGAUUGUUGACUCCGUUUUAGCCGAGGAUAUUGAGAAACUUCCACUUCCAAAACCCCUACUACGGUACCUCUCAGAGUGUGUGGCAGACAAGAACCAGAACAUUUAA